AUGUCACAAGCUCAUUUCAGACGAGCUGGCAAACACUUUGUGCAUGGGGCCGCGCAGGACCCUGGACCUGUUUCUUGUGGCUUUGCUGUGCCUCUGCACGACCCGCAGCCUCUGAUAUCACUGGAUGUGGACUUUCAUGAUCCUCCCCACAUGUCCGAAUCUCCUAUCAAACAAGAGAUGUUGGAUUAUGGUUUCCUAACUGGCGAAGAUCUUGAUCUUAUGACUCAUGGGAGUGCCCUACCAAAUCUCGGAUCCAAUUUCCAUAGCCCAGAAGCCCUCUUUGCUGCCGUCGAUCAUUUUGGCGCAUAUAACAGAGCUACCGCUGCAGGCUCGCGUCCACUCACACCUCAUGCAGCUCACCAUCUACCACCUGAUGCUGAACAACAUCGAUUCGAGCGUGACCUUGCAAAUGCUAUUGAAGAAAUGCAACACCAAGAGGAAUCAGUUCUUGAAGACAAUGAUGAUGAACUGGAUCACAUUGAUAUCGAUAUUGAUGCACAAUUUGAUUAUCCAGACGAUGACAUAGAUAAUGAGAUAACAGCACCAGAUGUGGCUGAUGAAGACGAUCCUGAUCCUUUCAUGCCAGACGAAGGUUUCUCCUCGACAGAUAAUUCAAAUCUCACUGAGGUCCCCCCACAUUUGAUCACCAUAUAUGUGCUUGUCACCUGGCUGCACUUGCAAUUCCACCUCCCUCGUGUUGCUUGUAAUGCACUGCUGACUAUCCUCGGUCUUAUCCUUAUCUAUCUCUCUCCGGCUAUAGAGGUUCCCUUCGUCAUGCUGCAGUCGAGCAAUGAGCCCAUUCAGUCACAUACCCUGUAUAAAACAGGCAGCCGAGGGUGA